AUGAGGAUCUCCGUCGCGUCCUCUCUGUCAUGCGCAGCCGCCUUGGCUGUGGCAUCUCCUCUUGCUCCGGCAAGAGGUCUAGGACCUCGAGAUGACGCUUCCGCUUUGACGACAACGAUAUACGAGAACAUGCAAUAUUACGCCGAGUACUCUGCGUCUACAUAUUGCAAUAGCGACAAUGCUGCCGGCACUCUGGUGACAUGUACGGACGGGUGCCCGGAGGUCAUGGCAAACGGCGCUACAGUCGUCGGUUCUCUCCCGAAUACCACUAUCUUUGGGAUGGAGGGCUAUGUCGCAGUCGACAGUGUCAGGAAGGAGGUUGUUGUCGCUUUCCGUGGCUCAUCGGGACUGCGCAACUGGAUAGCAGACCUCACCUUCGUUCAGACCUCAUGCGACUACACAACUGGCUGUGCGGUUCACAGCGGGUUCAAGAUUGCCUGGGAGUCAAUCUCGGAAUACACCUUGGCCUUUGUAAAGACCGCUAUGGAGGCAUACCCUGGCUACACACUCGUUGUCACAGGUCACUCCCUCGGGGGUGCGGUAGGCACGCUUGCGGCUAUUGAGUUCAGGAACAUGGGCUACGCCUGUGAUCUCUACACAUAUGGCUCGCCCCGAGUCGGUAACCUCGCACUUGUCAAGUUCGUCACCGACCAAGCUGGCGCCGAGUACCGGGCAACGCACUACGAUGAUCCCGUCCCUCGCCUGCCACCCAUCUUGUUUGGCUACUUCCACACCAGUCCCGAAUACUGGCUCGCCUCUGGGCCUGCCACUGAUGUCGACUAUACUAUUGAUGAAAUCGACAUCUGUCUGGGCUAUGCAAACACGAAUUGUAAUGCAGGAACAUUUGGCCUGGAUGGCGACGCUCAUUUGCACUAUUUCCAAUAUAUGGGCUGCGACUCUGUGACCAGCAGCACAGACAUGUCGAUCAAGAAGAGAGACCUGGUCGCAACAAACCCCUUGUGGGCACGCGACGACGUUUCUGACGAGGAGCUGGAGCUGAGACUCAACAACUAUACGACGCAGGAUAUCGCGUACAGUCAGCAAUUGGCCGCUGAUGACUCGACAAAUUAA